GCUAAGCGGAAAGGCGUCGUGUGAGAGUGUGGAAGUUUCUGUCACUGCGAAGCUUUUGUUUGGUUUUCUUUACUGGCGACAUGGUUAGUUCAGCUUAUUAGACGACACUCGAUCGAGUACAACUAAACAAAGAUGGCUAAAGAGAAGCGGCACAGGAGAAGAGACUCUCCGGAGGUGAAAAUAAAACAGGAGAAGCUUAGCCCGCCUAGGCCACAAACAUCCCGCCGUUCCAGGUCCAGAUCCCCCGGCAGCUCCAGUCCACAGAGGAGAAGAACAAGCAGGUCUCCUGCUCGGACGAGGGACCGCUCACCGGGUAGAAGGGAGCCCUCUCCCCCAAGAAGAGGCAGCAGAUCCCCCAGAAACCGGAGGAGCCGCAGCCCUCACCGCGGAGGCGAUGUGAAGAUAAAGCGGGAACGGGAUGACCAUAGGGGGAGCGGUGAUGAGAGGAGACGAAGAAAUGAUCAACCAGAAGAGAGGCGGAGCAGAUGGGAGUCCGACAGGCCGCGGGAGAGAGAUCGUGGUGGAGACCGAAAUCGAGAGCGUAACGCGCUGGCAUCCCAGCAGGCGGAGCGACAGCAGCACGAUGAGCGGCGCAGGGAGAACCGUCAGCGUCGCGAAGAAAACCAGGAACAGGCUUUUGGACAGCCGGCAGAAGAGGGCAGUGACGCAAACGCUCCUCCAGCGGAGAAGGAGAAGCCCAACUUCGAACUUUCGGGGGCGCUCACAGAAGACACCAACACAUUCCGCGGAGUGGUGAUCAAGUACAACGAGCCACCCGAGGCUCGGAUCCCGAAGCGCAGAUGGCGACUGUACCCUUUCAAGAAUGACGAACCGCUCCCAGUCAUGUACAUCCACAGACAAAGUGCCUACUUGUUGGGACGUCAGCGGAAAAUUGCUGAUAUUCCCAUUGACCACCCAUCGUGCUCGAAACAACAUGCAGUGUUCCAGUACAGACUUGUGGAGUUCACACGGGCAGAUGGCACUACUGGCCGCAGAGUGAAGCCUUACAUCAUUGACCUUGCUUCUGGAAACGGCACUUACCUGAACAACCAGCGCAUCGACCCCCAGCGUUACUAUGAGCUCAAAGAGAAGGAUGUUCUGAAAUUCGGUUUCAGCAGCCGCGAGUACGUCCUCCUCCACGAGUUCUCAGACACCAGCGAGGUGGACGCCAAGCAGGGAGAAGAAGAUGAGGAAGACGAGGGCCUCGAUGAAUGAACCGUUCAAGCAUAUUGUUUGGCUAAAAUUAAUUCAGGUUAGUUAAAGGCAUCGUAGGUGUCAAGAUACAAAAAGGUCCUUCUGGGAGCAACAAAUUGAUCUGGUGUAAUCAGGAAUCAGGUUCACUAUUGGAACAAGGUUGGCUUUGGAGCAUAUACUGUGUAAUUACUGAACUAUUGCUUAAACUCGCCACAACUGUCUCAAAGAAGACUUCCUAUUCUCAGGUUGUUUGUGUAAUGUCGGUGUGAUGCAUGACUGUUCUCACACUGGACAGCGCUCACCAUAAAUUAGUGCUCAGUGCCAGAUCUUUCUCUUUUUUUUUCCAUUUUAUAUAGUAUAUAUAUAUAUUUUGGGUGUCUGCACUGAGUACUAACUCGUCGUCUGUUCUAUACGUGGAAGUGUACAUCACAUUAUUGGAACGUGAACUCAAGUUAUUGUCAUUAAGCUUUGCUUAUUGUCAGAGUAAACAUUACAAACACACUGCUUAAAGCCUUGUUUAGUGUGGGGAAAGACGCAGAUGCUUUCUUUGUGGUUCCCAGUGUGUAUUUAAAUUCUUCCCUUUUCGUUUUCAUCAGUUCAGAGGCAUUCAUAGUCAGUUUUCAUUUUUGUACUAUAUCAAUAAAGACUUAAGAUUUA